GCAGCAGCUUUGGUCCCAGCGUGCAUCGAAGUCCUAGAGCCUGCGAAGACCAUGACGAAGGCUUUGCAGACGUUGGCGGAGCUCCGCGUCUUGCUGGGCCGUAAAGACUUCCACCCAUUCCCAAGCGAUAGAGAUGAGACCACGAGAAGCUUUGAUCAUCUAAAAACGAUAUUGAUGUCUGCUUUGGAGGUUUUUGGCUGGACUUUUGAGAGAGGAUAUGGAUGGGUGCGAGGAAAGGACCUCCUGCCUCCUGGGAUUAGCGAGGACGUCGUUUGCAAGCGGUGUCGCGACCUUGUUUAUGCACUAAACGGGUUUGGCGGGUUUGGCUCCCUUGAGCCGAAGCGGCUUCAGAAGCAGCUGCAGGAACUUUGUGAAUUCAUCGACUCCAGGUUGUCAUGGGCUUCACCGAAGGCUGCUCAGCCCGACUUUCAUCACGAGCUGGAGGGCUUGCGACAGGAGAUUCAGGAGUUGCGGAAGGAAUUCGCACCAGCCUCAGUGGCAAAAGAUACAGCAACCAAGCUAGAUGCGCUGCGACAGGAGACCCACGAUUUGCGGAAUGACUUCGCUCCAACCUCUAUGGUAACAGAUAUGUUGGCCGAGCUAGAUUUGCUGCGGGAUUUGAAGCAGCACGUCAUUCAGCUCUCCGUCAGGGUCGACCAGCUGCAACAUUGGGAUGGCAGGUGCCAGGUACGCGAGCAUGUGGAUGCGCAUGCCAGCAUCAGUGGCAGCGCAGAAUCAAGGAUUGACUGUGUUGUUGACCUCGCUGAGAGAUGCCGUCAGCUUGAAGAAAUCCGAAGCACUUUCGUCAAAAUUGCGGCUGAGACGAUGGAGGCCCAGCAGCAGGUGUUUGACAGCCUUCGGCGAGAGCAGUCGUGCCUGAUGCAACAUGUCACCAAAGGAAAGGAGGAUGCCAGCAGCACGGUGAAUCUACACGGCGGCAAAUUUCAGCAGGGCUUGGCAGAAGGGCAACUUAAGCCUUGGACCGUUGUGCCCGUGGCUGCCGCACGCAGCAGCGACAGUGUCAGCGAAGCAUCCUGGGUUUUUCCUAGCUGUGGUGGCUCAGAUACACAGGGAAGAAGCAGUGUCAGGAGUGGAAUCUCCGUCGAGACUUCUAACAGCAACUGCUUCAUGCACGACGCCGCUUUCAAGUCUGAGACUGGUGCAUCGUUGCCUGGGAGUGCCUUGCACAAGGGCUCGAGAGUUCUGGCUGCAGACGCUUCCGUCUUGGAGGUGGCGAAGGAUCCGGAGGAUCAUGAAGCCAGGGCCACAGUGGUCCUGAAAGCUGGUGCUGCUGAGUUGGAGGUCACUCUGGACCACAGGGUUCUCCUGUCCGACAACCGCAUGGUGAGAGCCCAAGACCUCCGCAUUGGGGACGAAGUCCUUGUCGGCGGUCUUGGUCCUGCAAGGCUUGAGCACGUGGAGGUGAAAUUCGAGCCCGUGAUGGUGCGGAAGAUCGUUUUCGAGCCAGACUUGCCUGUUGAGGUCUUGAAGCUCUCGAUUUUGAGCCACGGGCAGAAAACGAGCAAGAAGAUUCGGCGUGGUGGGCGGAGCCGCAGAGGAAGCGACCGUCAGGAGAUUCCGGACACCGAGGGCUACCUCACCGACUGA